CCCCAUAGACCUCUCACACCUCAUGUUCUUGUAGGUCUGCUCAGUAAGGCAGUGUUAGCAGAACUUUGGUAGAUCGAUCUCUUUUAAUUCUUUCUUUGCUCCUGAUUAAUUGUUAUGGGCAGGCAAGAGUGGCUUGCCUUUGGCCUGUUGAUAUGGGGACUAGGGGGACAACUCUUGGCAUGGAGCUUGGGCGUUGGAGACAACCUCCACAGCCAGUGCAGCUUUACCAGAUACCCUGACCUCUGUGUGGAAACCAUGUUAGGUUCAGGGUUAGGGCAUGGGAAUAUUGAUAUAGUAUCUGCUCUUGUAAAAAAGUCUAUGGAUGAAACCAAGUUUCCCACUCCAGAUUCUUCAAAUCCACUCUAUGACACUGAUAGCCUUAAAGCCCAGCACUCAAAUGAUGGGCACUGUCUUGAGCUCAUGAACAUGUCGCUCAAGCGGCUGAACCAAUCUCUUUUAGCUCUCAAAAGCUCUCACAGCACAACAAAAAGAAAGAACGAUAUCCAAACAUGGCUGAGUGCUGCUUUGACAUUCCAAGAAACAUGCAGAGAUUCCUUGGAAGGUCUGUCAGGCAGUCUCGUGGAUCAAAUAUCAAGCAAGAUGGAUUACUUGUCUCGGCUGACAAGUAAUGCAUUAGCUCUUGCCAAUCGCUUCUUGAGCAACCCAAGAAAUAAUUCAAGCCGGCAUCUCACAUCGAUGGAUGAUUUCCCGAAAUGGGUAUCGGCCAGAGAUCGUAAGUUGCUGCAGAGCACAGAGAUAAAAGCCAAUGCGGUGGUGGCGAAAGAUGGCUCUGGUAAUUACAAGACCAUAUCGGAGGCGAUCGAGGCGGCUUCUGGGGGGAGGUUUGUGAUAUACGUGAAGUCAGGCACGUACAAGGAGGCGAUUUCCACUAAUAAAGAUGGCAUUACCCUCAUAGGAGAUGGCAAGUAUUCGACCAUUAUUGUCGGUGAUGACAGUGUCGGUGGUGGCUCCAGCUUGAGGGGAUCCGCCACCUUUGCAAUUACUGGCGAUGGAUUCAUGGCUCGAGACAUAGGGUUUCAAAAUACAGCAGGUCCACAAGCCCAACAAGCCGUGGCUCUGAACGUUGUUUCUGAUCGUUCUGUACUCUAUAGAUGCAGUAUUGCAGGCUACCAAGACACACUCUAUGCACACGCUCUACGCCAAUUCUACAGGGAAUGUGACAUCUACGGCACAGUUGAUUUCAUCUUCGGCAACGCCAUUGCUGUCUUCCAGAAUUGCUUUCUGGCUCUACGUCGACAUUCUGGGUCUUAUAACGUAAUCCUAGCAAAUGGAAGGUCUGACCCAGGCCAGAACACUGGCUUCUCCAUCCAAAACUGUAAAAUUUCAGUGGCUUCUGACUCUGCUUCCGUCAAGCAUUCCUCCAGCUCGUAUCUAGGAAGACCAUGGAAGGAGUAUUCAAGAGCUGUGGUCAUGCAAUCCUACAUUGAUGAUGUUAUUGCACCAAGAGGUUGGAUUGAAUGGUCUGGAAAUUUUGCUCUUAAGACGCUUUAUUUUGCAGAAUACAACAAUUUAGGGCCAGCAGCUGGAACUUCUAACAGGGUUCAAUGGCCUGGUUAUCAUGUCAUUGGUGCUGAUGAGGCUACUAAAUUUACAGUGGCCAAUUUCAUUGGUGGAAAUUCAUGGCUGCCUUCUACUGGAGUAAACUUUGAUGCCGGCCUAGGUUAAAAGUUGAACCAGUUUGUAUCAAGGGUGAUUAUUUAGAAUAAGGCAAUAAGAACUGCUUGUCAUUAAUCAAUUCCACAAA